GCAAGUGUGACCAGCCGCCGCAGGCUUUGAGGCGUUAGCUGAGGCGGAUUCGUCAACGAUAUCUGGCAACUCGUGCCACAGCGACCACAAAAAAAAAAAUAUUAAAACAAAGUUAACGCCAGCAGGCGCAGCGUUCGAGCGUUCGAGAAAAGUUCAGUGGCAGUGCAGUGCUUGCGAAAAUCGGUGAACAAUUUGCAAUAACAGCUCUCCACCUCGUACCUGUACCGCUCCACCGCCGUAGCCGUCGAUCCGCUGCGCUCCGCCUAUCCGCUCCCUCCGCCCGAGUCGUUUCUGGGUUUUUGUUUUUGUUUUCUGUGUAUCUGAUACGGCCAACUGAUGAGUCUCAAUUGUUUUCAUUAACGUUGUUCAGCGAAAUUUAUGCGCGCGACGAGUGUCGUUCCCUGAAUUCGGCCGCCCGGAGCUUUCCCCGGAACAAGCGCUAACAAACACGCCCUCUGCUGUCUACCACCCACCAUCCCCGCCCAACUCCGCCCAGUCCCCGUCCCCCCCUAGAUUCCCAGGUCCAUCCCCCACCCCAACAAUACCACCCACCACCCACCACCCCUCGACCAAAUGUCGAACGGCAGCUUCGGAGGAGGUGCCACUGCCGCUGUGGCCACCAGUGGUGCGGCAUCACCACCAGCUGGCGGAGGUGCACUAGGAGUGGGAGUUGGAGCCAUCCCUGGAGGGCCAAUGAUUCCGGGUGGCGUCAACGCGGACCUGUGGCGCGAAUGCGUCGCCUGGCUGGUGCGGUGCAAGGUCAUUCCGCCCGACCACAAGGCCGCCCAGGCUGACGCCGAGAUCCGCAUCCUGGCCAUGACCCUGCGGGACGGCGUUCUGCUCUGCAACCUGGUCAUCCAUCUGGAUCCCAGUAGCAUGGAUCCGCGCGAGUUCAAUCGCAAGCCUCAAAUGGCUCAGUUCCUGUGCAGCAAGAACAUCAAACUGUUCCUGGACGUGUGCCACAAUAACUUUGGGAUCCGGGACGCCGAUCUCUUCGAGCCAACGAUGCUCUACGACCUCACCAACUUCCAUCGCGUGCUCAUCACGUUGGCCAAGCUGUCGCAGUGCCGCAAGGUCCAACAGAUGCAUCCCGAACUGAUUGGCUUUAACCUGCAACUGUCGCCUAGCGAGCGAUCCCACUCGGACGAGGCCAUCUACAAGGAUCUGCAUUCCACGGAGCUAAAUAUGCGCAAGACGAGCAGCAUCGAUGCCGCAUCCGGUUCGUCGUCGGCGGAAUACUACGAUCGCACCUCGCACAGCGGCUCCCUGUCCGUGGAGGAUGAGAACAGUGACAUUACCAUUGAGAACGGCACCGAGGACAUUGAGGACUUCCUCGAGGACUCGCUAUCGAACAUGUGCGACUCGGCGAUCGAGAAUGAUGGGGAGUUGAUAACUGUGGGAGGUACAGGAGCUGGAGCUGGUGGAGUGACGCCUCGGAAUAUCCAAGAUGGCAAUUUGCGGGAUCUCUCCUUUGAUCUCAGCCUGGACGUGAUGGGUGCGAACUCGUCCAAUGCCGUGACUCCCACUCCGGAAUCCUGUGCCCAGCGAACCGAAGGCUCCUUGAGGGCCGCCACUGGCCCAGCUGCUGCGGCUGCUUCUACGGCUCCGUCACUCCCCCGGCAUGUCAUUAGUUCCUCCUCCACUGCGUCGCUGUUCGUCAGCGAGAGCCAGAGGCUCCAGCGGGCCGCCGCUGCCGUCUACAACUACCGAUCCUCGAUGGCGUCCGCGGAGCACGAGUACGCCUACAUCUACAGCGAGGACGAUGAGAAGGUCUACGAGGAUCUCUGCUAUGUCACCUUCCAGGCGAAGGCCAAACCCGAGGUUACAACCGACAAUAUUGCAUGCAAUGGAACUGGUUAUGACCACACCAAUACAAAAGAAGAGGAAGUCUACCAAGAUCUGUGUGCCCUGCACAGGACGAGUAGAAGCCAGACUGCUUCCACAACAAGCUUCGAGCAGAGGGACUAUGUCAUUCGGGAGCUAAUCGACACGGAAUCCAAUUACCUGGACGUGCUGAACGCCCUAAAGACCAAGUUCAUGCUGCCCCUGGAGCGGCACCUCAACCAGGAUGAGCUGAAGGCUAUCUUUCCACGAAUAAGGGAACUGGCUGAUAUCCACACCAAUUUCCUGCACAAGCUUCGCGAGUCCCUCACACCAAAUGCCAAGAUAAAGAUGGCCCAGGUCUUUAUGGAGUUCCGAGAACCCUUCCUAAUCUACGGCGAGUACUGCUCCUGCCUGCUGGGGGCCAUCGACAACCUCGCGGAUGUGUGCAAGAAGAACCAGAUUAUCGACCAGCUGGUCCAGAAAUGCGAACGCGACUACAACGUGGGCAAGCUCCAGCUGCGGGACAUUCUCUCCGUUCCCAUGCAGCGCAUCCUCAAGUACCACUUGCUCCUCGACAAGCUGGUGAAGGAGACGUCGCCGGGACACGAGGACUACCGGUCGUUGGAGCGCGCCAAGGAUGCCAUGAUCGAUGUCUCCCAAUAUAUCAACGAGGUUAAGCGCGAUUCUGACCACUUGGUGAUCAUACAGAAGGUCAAAGACAGCAUUUUCGACUUGCACCAGCUCCAGAACGGAGCCGGCAGCGAUCUCUUGCAAUAUGGACGCCUGCUCUUGGAUGGAGAGCUUCACAUGAAGGCCCACGAGGAUCAGAAGACGAAGCUGCGCUACGCAUUUGUGUUCGACAAGAUCCUGAUCAUGGUCAAGGCGCUGCACAUCAGGACGGGCGACAUGCAAUACACCUACAAGGACUCGCACAACCUGGCGGACUAUCGCGUGGAGCAGAGCCAUUCGAGGCGCACCCUCGGCCGGGACACACGCUUCAAGUAUCAGCUACUGUUGGCCCGCAAGUCCGGCAAGACGGCCUUCACCCUGUACCUCAAAUCCGAGCACGAGCGGGAUAAGUGGCGCAAGGCCCUCACGGAGGCAAUGGAAAGUCUGGAACCACCCGGCUGCCGCAGCACAGAUCACAAAAUGGAGAUAUACACGUUUGAUGCUCCGACUACAUGCCGUCACUGCUCCAAGUUCCUUAAGGGUCGCAUCCACCAGGGCUACCGCUGCAAGGUGUGCCAGAUCAGUGUCCACAAGGGCUGUAUAUCCUCGACGGGUCGGUGCAAGCAGAAUCCAGUCAGUAUGCCUCCGCCAGUCUGCGAUCGCCAGCUGUCCGAGUUUAAUUGGUUUGCCGGCAACAUGGACCGUGAAACGGCGGCCAAUAGGCUGGAGAAUCGCCGCAUAGGCACCUAUCUCCUGCGCGUCCGUCCCCAGGGACCGUCCACGGCCCAUGAGACCAUGUAUGCCCUGAGUUUAAAGACCGACGACCAUGUCAUCAAGCACAUGAAAAUCAACCAGGAGAACGCCGGCGAGUCCAUGUUGUACUGCCUGUCAUCGCGGAGGCACUUCAAGACCAUUGUCGAACUGGUUUCCUACUAUGAACGCAACGAUCUGGGCGAGAACUUCGCAGGGCUCAACCAGUCGCUGCAGUGGCCCUACAAGGAGGUGAUUGCCACUGCCCUGUAUGAUUACGAACCAAAGGCUGGAAGCAAUCAACUGCAAUUGAGGACCGACUGCCAGGUCCUGGUCAUUGGCAAGGAUGGCGACAGCAAAGGCUGGUGGCGCGGCAAGAUAGGCGAUACUGUUGGCUACUUCCCCAAGGAGUACGUGCAGGAACAGAAAACGGCCAGCGAAGAACUUUGAUAUUACAACUAUGAGGUCUACUUUGCACCCAAGGCCAUUACGCCGACAACGGCAGCCAUUGCUGAAUCACCUGGAUUUGGCCCAGGACCAGGAUCGUCUGGAGGUAGAGCUAGAGCUGGGGUUGGGGCUGUGGGUGAGACAGAAGUGGGUUCUCCGGCCGGAGCUACAUAAGCAAGUCCCAAAAAGCGAGCAGAAAUCAAGAGCCAGCUUCCCAGCCAGAAGCUAGAACGCAUUCUAGUUAAUAUACGCAUAUGUCUAAUUAUACAAAUUGUUUUACUUUUAAAUUAGUUAAGCACUAUUUUUUGUUUUUUUUGUUAGUGAGUGUCCUAUUUUAAAUUCAACAACAAUUCUGUGCCAAUCACUGGAGAACGAAAACAAAAGCCCACAUGACAAACCUAAACAAUCAACCACCAAUGUUCGUUUAGUUUUAAAAUUGUUUUUGAAUUGUAUAUUGCAAAUAUAUGUACAUCUAUAUAUAAAGUAAUAUAUGUAUUUAUAUAUGUGAGUGUGUGUAAAUGUUUAAGCCUGUUUUAUUUUAUAAUUUACACAAUAUAUGUAUUGUAUUGUAUUCUGUUCUUGGAAACGUCCCACAUCGAUUUGUUCGAGGUUGUGCAGAACGUAUAGGGGGAGUGCAUCUAACAUUUAAUAUAAAAAAUUUAAAUAUAAAGAGUAGAGAAUGUUGAGAAUGUGUGCCCUGUGCGGCAUUUCCAUACAAAAACGAAGCUUUAAAAAUUUAUAUUCAUAUACACAGAGAAGUGCAUCACGUACAUACCGCAAUAUAACAAACAUAGCCGGAUAUAUCUAUCGGAUAUACAUAUAUCGAAUAAUGUACUGCUAGACCUUAAUAUCUAGUUGAAACGCAAAUGUUAACAUGACGAAAGCAACGCAGCCACAAAUAUGUUCGAAAGGAGGAGCGGUUCUAGGAGGUUCUAGGAGUUAAUUAAAAAAAAAUAAUGAGGAAAAGCUUUACAAAUAAUACGAUAUACGUCAAUAUUUACACAAACGAUCGAAGAUUUGGCCAGCCAAUUUAUAGAUAUAUCUAUACAACACGUAUUAAAUGUAAUGUACCUACAACAUAUAUAAUUAUAUAAUAUAUAUAUAUAUAGGAACAUAGUCAACGAACGAAUACCGAUGAGAACCGGAUCGAUUUAAUAUCGAAACUUAGUUAGAGAAACCAAAACGUGAGCUCUUAUCAGGCCAAAAAAAUGCGUCAAAAAGUAGAAAAGUUUUAUGUCAUUGUUGAAGUUGGAAAAUUUCGAAAUUUUGAAAUCAAAAACAGCCCAGAAAAAAGGUGAAAGCGAAGGCAGAGCAAGAAGUAUGUAAUGAUAGGCUUAAAUUUAAUGUGAAACCAAACCAGAUUAUCCAUCUUAAUGUUGUGCCAUGGAAAUCGGAGAACUAUAUAGACAUAUAAUGGCUGAGUGUUUGCAGUUUAUUCAUUUUCUCUCACCGAAGCACAAAGAAGCAAUUCAGAUCACAAUAAAUAUUCGAAAAUAUCAUUAUUUUGCCACUCGCACAAAAUGCACCAACAAGCAUACAGCUUUCAAAGUUUUAAUUAAAUUUUAAGUGGCUAUUGCUGAGUGAAAUUUAAUUAAAAUUUAAUUUGAAAUAGUUAAAAAUUUAAACUAAAAAGCAUGGGGAAAGAAAAGGCUCGAGAGUCGGUUUCAGGCUAUCUGUUUCAGUGUUUUUUUUUUAAAUAUAUGGUUUCAUAUUAAAAGCGUUGUGAUCUUAACUGCACGAAAAUAAUAAAUUUUUAAAAAUUGUAUUCCUUAAGCUGCAUUUAUAAGCUAUUUUCUGUCCCCCUCUUUUUUGAAUGCUGUGCAUCUGUCCUUUUCUAAACGACGAAAUCAGAACUGACUUUUUCCGGCAGCUGAAUAGUACUAUUAUUAAGUAAAUGUCCCGGAUUAUGUAUUCAAUUGCCACUUAAAGCUUCCAGUUCUAUGCAAAUGUAUCGAAAUACUUGUUUGUGAAUCAAAAAUUAGAAAAAUGUGGAAGAAACGAUUGAGAAAUUGCUGAAAUCGCCAGAGAACGAGGCGCGCUAAUAAACGACUUUUGUGAAAGUUUUGUUGUUUAAUUGAAA